AUGCAUGACUCUCGCGGAAGCUCGACGAGAUGAGAUCUUUACAGCGGGAACAUCUCGUUAGGGAUGUUAAUUUGUCAGGGCCGGUGACACAGGGAUUUCAAAAUACGUUGUUACAGAUGGUAAUCGUCGGAAGGACAUAGAAGAGUUCUCCCGGUGCGAUAACGGAAGCAUCGAGACGAAAGGAGAAGCAGAGAGAGAGAGAGAGAGAGAGAAAGGAACGCGCGAGUCAACGGAAUCCUGAUUUACGAACAGAGUCAUUGUCCGUUCUCUAGUUGCCGAGGUUGACUUUACCAAAAAGCCGCCGUUAUAUUUUCUUGUGACUUGUCAUAUAAAAAGUGGUGCCGACGAUAAUUUAAAUGACGCACGCUGGUAUUUAUCGAUUUGUGUUGUUCUCUUUAUUAUGCAUCUUUCAAUGCUGUCGAUGUCUUCCUGCCGAUUUCCAGAAUAUUACAAAUCCGGCAGCAGUCGGAAGUUCGGAAUGGGAAGCACGUCUUCAACAUGCGGAAUUACAUAAAUUUCUAGAAAAUGUUCCGCGAGUUUCUCUUCGCAACAAGCGACUUGUUAAUUUAGGUCCCGGAACUUUAAGUAAGCAGGUGCGUCAUUCACAUCAAGCUUGCAUUGCACCGGGAAAUCGGAGCGGCCAUUGCAAACAUUUCAGUGGGUGCGUCCUUGAGGAGUUCCGCCCGAACUCUGCGCGAUUUAUGGAAUAUAUGUGCAUAAUAGAGCAGACGUACAUUGGUGUGUGUUGCCCGGAUAGCAUUGCGACAGCUCGAUCGGAAAAAACAUUUCACGAUGAUUUAGCCAGCACGUUACCGGCGAUAGCAAGUCUCGAUGACGAUGGUGAAGAGUGGGACGAAACCCAAGAGAACAAGGAUGAAAACGGGCCAUCUACCAACAAGGCAAACGGCGAAACCGAUUUGCGAAAAGACGCGAUAUCGGGGAAGCAAGAGACGAGGAAACCACGAAGACCUAGAGGAUGUGGCACAACCGCGAGAACAACGACCAGAGUCGCGGGUGGCAAGCCGGCUGACCCUAAAGAGUGGCCGUGGAUGGUGGCUCUUCUUAGACAAGGUGCGAUUCAAUAUUGCGGGGGUGUGCUCAUCACCGACAGGCAUGUACUUACCGCCGCACACUGCGUUUACAGAUAUAAACCACGCGACAUCACCGUGAGACUCGGCGAGUACGAUUUCACCACAUCCGAAGAGACACGGGCGAUGGAUUUCAUGGUAUCCGAGAUACGUAUGCACCGGGACUUCAAACAGAACACCUACGAGAACGACAUCGCUAUCAUUAAGAUUCAUCGGCCCACCGUGUUUAACAGCUACAUCUGGCCCAUCUGUCUUCCGCCCAUUCAGCAAUCGUUUGAGCAUAAAAACGCCAUCGUUAUCGGUUAGCGCAAACAAAUCCUAUUAUUUCUGAAGUAUAUAAAGUAUUA